AAACUAUACAAAACCCUAAUUUCCAUUUCUCAGUCUUUCACCACUCCCAUCAAACAAGCAGCAGUUGCGCAAGCGGAGGAGCAGGCAGCCGUCGUCGAAGCCAUGGGUAUUGAUUUAGUCGCCGGAGGUAAGAGCAAGAAAACCAAGCGCACCGCCCCUCGAUCCAACGAUGUUUACAUCAAACUCCUCGUCAAGCUGUACCGAUUCCUUACUAGAAGGACCGGAAGCAGUUUUAACUCGAUUAUACUGAAGAGGCUUAUCAUGAGUAGGGUUAACAGGCCGCCGCUCUCUCUCUCCCGCCUCAGCUCUCUCAUGAAGGGCAAGGAGGGUCAGAUUGCGGUACUUGUUGGAAGCAUUACGGACGACAUUCGUGUGCACGAAAUCCCUGCCAUGAAAGUUGCUGCUUUGAGGUUUACGGAGACCGCGAGGGCUAGAAUCGAGAAGGCUGGUGGUGAAUGUUUGACUUUCGAUCAGCUUGCUCUCAGGGCUCCUCUUGGCCAGAACACUGUGCUGUUGAGAGGUUCAAGGAAGGCUCGUGAAGCUGUGAGGCACUUUGGACCAGCACCUGGUGUUCCACACAGCCACACCAAGCCUUACGUUCGCUCCAAGGGUAGGAAGUUUGAGAAGGCCAGGGGUAAGAGAAACAGUAAAGGAUUUAGAGUUUAAUUUACUAUUCUUAGAAAUCGUCGACUUUUAUUUUCGGAUUUUAUGUUUGCCGGAGGAUAUUUAUUUGAUAGUUUUGUAUCCCAAGUAAUUAGACCUGUCGUUUUGCUCUCUUAUUGUUUUGAAAGUUGUUGGAUACUGAUUUUGUCUCGUCUUUUAUUAAAGUGGUAUUGUUAUUUUU